AUGCGCCAGAAAAACAGUAACUCUGUGUGCAGCCAAGUGCUUCAAGCCACCACGACUGUUUGUAUCAAGUGCAUGCAAGAAUGCAGGCAAGAUGAUCCCACUGCUGCUCAGCAGUCAUUUCAAGCAGGAAAGCGUUGCAUUCGUGACUGGUCAGUGGUGACCAGGGCCAGCUACUGUUAUGAACAGAGGCAGUUUGAUAGCUGUGUGCCCAUCCUACUGCUGCUGCAUUCUGACUUUGUCACAAGCCACGACCCAUUCGAGUUCCAGCGCUCCAUUUCCACAGGCUGUGCAGGCGUCGCUUGGGGUCAGAAUCUAUCUCAAGGCGGCAGUGGUGGAGGCGGCUCGGGCGCAGACAGGAGGGAUGAUAGGGGCAAGAAGCGCAAACGCGAACCCUCGAUUCCGAGCCGUGUGGGCAAACGUAGGCGGAUUAGGGGACCGGACGCUGCAAGCAAGCUCCCGCUCGUGACACCCCACACACGGUGCCGGCUAAAGUUGCUGAAGCUGGAGCGCAUCAAGGACUACCUCCUGAUGGAGGAAGAGUUCCUCCGGAACCAGGAACGCCUCAAGCCACAGGAGGACAAGCACGCAGCAGACCGCUUCAUGAUGGACAAACUGAGAGGCAGUCCAAUGCCGGUCUGCACUCUGGAGGAAAUCAUCGACGACAGCCACGCGAUUGUCUCAACGCCCAUGGGCACCGAGCAUUAUGUCAACAUGCUGUCCUUCGUUGACAAAGACCAACUGGAGCCUGGCUGUUCGGUGCUGCUCAACCCCAGUCUCCACGCAGUGGUGGGCGUACUGUCAGACGAUGCAGACCCCAUGGUGGCUGCCAUGAAGCUAGAGAAAGCGCCCCAGGAGACAUACGCCGACAUUGGCGGGCUUGACCAGCAAAUUCAGGAAAUCAAGGAAAGUGUUGAGCUUCCCUUGACUCACCCGGAAUACUACGAGGAGAUGGGCAUUCGACCACCGAAGGGAGUCAUCCUGUACGGACCUCCGGGCACAGGAAAGACUCUGCUUGCCAAGGCGGUUGCCAACCAAACUACGGCCACUUUCCUACAUGUCGUCGGCUCCGAGCUUAUCCAGAAGGAACUGGGAGAUGGCCCCAAGCUUGUUCGAGAACUGUUCCGGGUCGCUGAAGAGCAUGCACCAUCCAUUGUGUUCAUCGACGAGAUCGACGCCGUAGGAACAAAACGGUAUGAGUCCAACUCUGGUGGUGAGCGAGAGAUCCAGCGGACCAUGCUGGAGCUGCUGAACCAGUUGGACGGCUUCGACUCGCGGGGUGACGUCAAGGUAAUCAUGGCAACCAACUGCAUCGAGAGCCUCGACCCGGCCCUGAUUCGGCCCGGUCGCAUCGACCGCAAGAUCGAGUUCCCCCUGCCGGACGAGGGGACGCGGCGGCGCAUCUUCCAGAUCCACACGGCACGCAUGACACUGGCCGGCGACGUCAACUUCGACGAUCUGGUGGCCGCCAAGGACGACCUGUCUGGCGCAGACAUCAAGGCCAUCUGCACCGAGGCCGGGCUCAUGGCUCUACGGGAACGGCGCAUGAAGGUGACCAGCGACGACUUCCAAAAGUCGAAAGAGAACGUGCUGUACCGCAAGAAGGAAGGAAGCCCAGAGGGCCUAUACCUCUGACUUCACCAGAAGACCGACAAC